AUGCACACGGCUUUCCACUUUAUUAGCGCUAAGGCUCGCUUCGUUCUACUCAUAAUGGUAACCCCCACGCCCUGGUCCCACGAGGAUCUGGUGGGUCAGCUAAACGUUAUCCAUAACCCUCAGCUCAAUGAUAACGUAUCUGACCUUACUAUGGAGGAAUGCCACCAGCUUUAUACGGAUACUUACCUACUAGAGCGCCGUGCCCUUUACUUAACCGCCAAUGCUUACGCCAAAGCCUUUCCAAGUGUUUUUAAAGAUAAGGUUACCAUCGGCAACGUGCAACGCAUGAUCUAUAAAGCCUUUACAAUUUGCCGUGAUUACAGGUCGUCCUAUAAGGUGCUAUACCACGAGGUACACGGCUCGAAAGAACAUUCCCUUAAUGCUGUUAUACCCACGUGUAGUGAUCUACAGGAACUCCAUGAUCAAGAAGCCGAAAUGUUCUAUAAAGAUAUAGCAACACCCGCAUCUAAAGAAGAUCCUAAUAAGAUGGUUAUAAACGGCCGGAAAGUGCGCAUUCUCCAGAUUAUGGCAUCCAUUAUCCACUUCUAUUUUACCAAGAACCUUCACAAUGUUAAGGUCAACGAAGAGCAAUUGGGCGAGCUGCCUGCAAAACCGCCGGAUUCUAAUAUGUCCAGUGAUGGUGACGACAGCGAUGCGGGGCCCAAGGCCCCAACUACUAGCCAGAAGUGUAGAUCCAAGGCCAAGAAGAAAGCACCAAAGCGUGCCAAGAAGAAGAAGAUUCUUAGUAAGGCCACCGUGAAGGAUGAUUCGGAUAGUGAUAAGCUGCCUCGUCAAUCUGCCCGUGAUACCAAGCGAACUAGGCAAAUGGCCGCUGAAGAGAAACAACUCUAUAAAGAGGCCGCCGAGAAGAAAGCAGUAAAUAAGUCAAAGUAUGCCAACCCAUACUUAUCUAAGUAUACGCGCUGGUUUAAUGAAUACAAGGACCACCUCUUUCUUCGUUAA